UCAUCACUUUUUGCUUAUUUGCACAUUUCAGCUUAGUUCUCAACAUGGCUUCUUACCCUGCCGGUGGCAGCGAGAAUAUUUUGCUUAUUACCGAUUCUUACAAAGUCACACACCACAAACAGUACCCUCCAAACACCACAGUCAUAUACUCCUAUUUUGAGAGCAGAGGAGGGAAAUUCCCCGAGACUGUCUUCUUUGGUCUGCAGUACAUCAUUAAAAGAUGGCUCUUGGGUCCCGUGGUCACACAGGAAAAGAUUGAAGAGGCCAAGGCAGUGUACCAGGCUCAUUUUGGUCAGGAUCUUUUCCACGAAGAAGGGUGGACUUAUAUUCUCAAGGAACAUGGGGGUCAUUUACCGCUGAGGAUCCGAGCAGUUCCUGAAGGUUGCGUCAUUCCAUACAAAAAUGUUCUGGUCACAGUAGAAAAUACAGACCCAAAGUGCUUCUGGCUCACCAAUUAUCUCGAGACACUCCUAGUACAGCUGUGGUACCCAAUGACAGUGGCCACCAACUCCAGAGCUCAAAAAGAGGUCAUAGCCAAAUACCUUCAUGAGACCGCAGAUAAUCUACAGGGUUUACCGUUCAAACUUCACGAUUUUGGCUUUAGAGGGUCUACAUCAGUGGAGAGUGCAGGUAUAGGUGGCUGUGCCCACCUGGUCAACUUUAUGGGGACAGACACUAUAGCUGGACUCAGUGUGGCCAGAGUUUACUAUGGCUGCCCUAAUGCAGGCUUCUCUAUCCCAGCAGCAGAACAUAGCACAAUAACGUCGUGGGGCAAGGAAGGAGAGUGUGAUGCAUUCCGUAACAUGUUGAACCAGUUUCCUAAGGGUCUAGUAGCAUGUGUCAGUGAUAGUUAUGAUGUCUAUAAAGCCUGUGAGAAGUACUGGGGAGAGGAGCUGAAGGGUCUUAUUGAACAACGUGCAGAUGAAGGUACUCUUGUCGUGAGGCCAGACUCGGGAGACCCUCCGGAGGUCGUUGUCAAGGUGCUGGAAAUCCUUGGCAAGCAGUUUGGUACAAGCACCAAUACCAAGGGAUACAAGAUGUUACCAUCAUAUAUCCGCGUUAUACAGGGAGAUGGAAUAAGCUAUGAAACAUUAGGGGAAAUCUUAGAAAACAUGAAACGUCACAAGUGGAGUGCAGACAACCUUGCCUUUGGCAGUGGCGGAGCUCUGUUACAGAGGCUAGACAGGGACACACAGAAGUGUGCCUUCAAGUGCAGCUACGCACUGAUAAAUGGGAAGGAGGUAAGCGUCUUCAAGCAGCCAGUGACAGACUUGGGCAAAAAAUCAAAGAAAGGGCGCCUCAGUCUAGAGGUGCAUGACGGGAAAUAUGUUACUAAGGAAGAGGGGCAAGGUGAUCCUAAAAAGGAUGUGUUGGUGACAGUGUUUGAGAAUGGGAAGCUGCUGAAGGAUUAUAACUUUGAUGAAAUUAGGAAGAAUGCUGAAAUCAAUCUGGUAAAGAAGCUCAAUUCUGCCAAGGGGGAUGGUAAGCAGUAGUCUGGUCCCAUAGCCACAAGACAAUUGGAGAGAAGGAACUCAGUGUGUUAUAAAGUUA